GCAUGCGCGAAGAAGAAAGUUCGAUUAAAAUAUUGAUGAAAAUUGGACCAUUAUUACCACGCGCCGCACCAUAUGCCGCGAUAAAUUCAUGUUCCACGUUGCUGAAGUGACGACUACCGCAGACUACCAUGCUGAACUUCCACGUAGCAUGCGGUGGUGCGUGGUAACGAUAGUUGUACGUUAUGUCGGAGUACCGUAAGUUCGGCACAAUCGUCGCGAGUGGAUGUUGAGAUCGAAUUAAUCAGUGUUCUUAACAGAAGAGUGCCAAUCAAGUAGUUGAUUAAGAUGAGGAACUUUAACAUUUUUCUAUUUACGAUUAUUUCGGCAUUUGUACUUGCAAAAAACGGAGGAUAUGCAUAUGCUCAAGAAGAUGAGAAUAUCGAUGAUAUUGUUGAUGUAGAAGGAGAAGAAGGUAGUAUAAUAACUGAAGAAGAAAUAGAGGAAGAUACAAGUAAUGCUUCAGCUGACGCUGAUACAACGAUACUUUUUACGAAACCUGUUCACAAUACGCUAUCUACCCUUGAAUUGCCUGCUGGAAAUAUAGUAGAAUUUCUUGUGGGUUUCACAAACAAGGGUGAAAAUGAUUUUGUAUUGGAAUCACUUGAUGCUUCUUUUCGCUAUGCAAUGGAUUUCAAUUUUUAUAUUCAAAAUUUCUCUACAUUUACAUUUAACAAAGUUGUGAAACCCAAACAUGAAGCUACUUUAGCUUAUUCCUUUAUACCAUCUGAAAGUUUUGCUGGAAGACCAUUUGGUUUAAAUGUUAACUUGAAUUAUAAAGAUGCAAAUGGAAUUUCUUACAAUGAAGCAGUCUUUAAUGAAACUAUACAGAUUAUAGAGAUAGAAGAUGGUCUUGAUGGAGAAACCAUUUUCCUUUACAUAUUCCUUGCAGCAUGUGUCAUAUUGACUCUUGUAGGAGGACAACAAUUGUUAUCAUCUUUGGGACGCAAGUCGCGUUCUUCUACCACUCGUAAAGCACCUGUAGAAAUGGGCACUUCUAAUCCUAACAAUGUAGAUUAUGAUUGGUUACCAAAAGAAACUCUUAACAGAAUUAAUAAAUCUCCAAGAACGCCGAAGCAAAGUCCAAGACAAAGGAAAACAAAAAAAUCAGCUGGUUUUGAUGACUAAAUUAUAUAUUGAUAUUUGUAUAUCAAUAUAUUUGUACAUUAUUUAAAACUGAAGAAUCUGUAUUGCACAAGACGAUUAAUAAUUUUUGAAAGUUAUUCAAGAUUCCUUAAUCUAUUUUAGUUAUAAAAUGUAUGAAAAAUAUUUAAUUCCAAUACAGAGAACAUAAGUUCCUCAAAAAAAA